AAUCACCAACAGCACCGACAACAUGCCCAAGGCUCCAUCGUGAUUGAGCCUCAGCCUGUGCCCUGACGGGGGACAAUUUGACGGUGCACGCUGCCCGAAUCGCCGCGCCGAAACAUGCCAAGCUGCCUCCUCCCCCUGAACUCCUCGCCCUCAGCCUGUCUCGCAAUCCUCCGCCACAGGUGCCUUUCCGCCCCUCCCAAAUCUCGCAUUGUACCACUCCAGCGUCGCGCUCGGGAGCCUUCCUGCUUCGGGAGCGCACUGUUUGACCCGCCGCCCUGUGCCCGGGAAAUCAGACAGCUUGGAAACCCGUGGCUCCUCGCCCGGUUUCCGCGAUGCCUGGUGCGGCAGCGCACGUGGCUCUAGAGCAUCUCCUUUGCCAUCCUGAAGCCUGCCAAGAGAUAGGCUGUCAGGCUCGCUCUCCGAGCGUUGAGGAUGCAGAGGCAGCGCGC